GUGCGUACGUGCUGAAUCAGCACAAAAUCACGGACGAUGUUGGUGGAAGAAGCUAGAAGGUGUUGUUUCGUGCUAGUGGGUAACAUUCCCGUGGAACUGAGGUCCGCCGAUCUACGGGCCUUCUUCUCACAUCUGGUGGAGCGGCGAGCCUUCGCCUGCUUCCACUUCAGGCAUCGACCUGAGCACCUGCCCAUAGUCAGCAGCGUCACCUCUGCCUCUACUGGGCCCCAGACCGCGACCGACCACACGGCUCCAGGGGCCAGCAAGAGGCUGACACCACUCGACGAAGGCGAUGCUACGGCUAAAGAAUCUACCGUGGGACAAGAAAUAAGCUUUCCCUCGGAGUCCGCCGAGACGGCUGAUGGCGGCGGAGAGGGUCGAGGAGAGAGUGGCGAGAGCGAGACUCCUGCUAUUCUACGGACGGUGGAAGCGGGUCUGAAGACGUCUGCGUCGCGUUGUUGCGUAGCUGCCGUGCGGAAGGAGCACGAGCCCGAACUACUGAGGCGAUACGGCCGCGGGAGACACUGGGCCAAGUCGGACGGGACGCUUCUCAGUAGAAAAGUCAAACUCAGUAGAUUGCAAGUAUCCUUUGAGGAAGCUGACCAUACCGAGUCAAUCACAGCUGCUGGUGAUGAUCGAACCAAGGUGGGGAUCCCAUGGAGUGACCUCUGCACCCUACCAGAGCUAAACCCUCCCUCUGUCAUGCCAAACGGGAAUGUGGGAACACCGACAGCAUCCUUCCUGGAUCUCAUCCGUCAGUGUAAGCUGCCCGGUAGACUCAUUGGGAAACUCGGUCUGGAAUUUCCAAAGUGGCGCAGUAAGCGGAAGUACGGGGCAGUAGGCCUGGACUAUGGGUGUGGGGAGGAGGUGAGAGGAGGGAGAGGGAGUGAGGAGGAAGAGGAGGAAGUGACAAAAGAAGAAAAGAGUACGAAAGAAAGUGAUUGCGAACAAGAAGAGGAGGCAUUUAUACCAUCGGAUGAUGAUCAUGACGCUGAAGAGUGGGAGAGAUAUGAGGCACUCCAUGAUGACGUUGAUAAACAAGUGAGUCCGUAUGUCCAGUUAAACAAGUGAGUCUGCAGCGAAUUUCGUAGUCUGAUGUAUAUAGCCAAUCAACACAAGUGAUUUUGUGACUGGAGCAUACGUGUGAAAGUAAAAAUUCUUUACUGCCAAAUCACAAUUUUUGGGCCCCACAAAUCAGUACAUGUGUGUAUGUAGCUGUAGAUUACUUUAUGAUGUAAUUCAGGGUCGUAGCAAGGAGCGACUGUACGAGGAGGAGAUGGAGGUGGUGUGGGAGAAGGGAGGCAGCGGUCUCGUGUUUUACACUGAUGCCAGCCACUGGCAAAACUUGGAGGGAGAUUUCGACGAGCAGUGCUCUAAGGAGGAUGAUUGGGACGUUGACACAGCUCUUUACUAUGACCCAGAAGGUGGAGACAAGGCUGCACGUGAUAUGAGGGACAUGAGGCACGAACAGAGCAUUCGAGAAGGUGCCCAGCAAGCCGGUGUGUUUGCUGGCUUUGAGCGGUACACCAAAGGUGUGGGGAGCAAGGUCCUGCGACGCUCGGGCUGGACUGAAGGCAGUGGAGUUGGCAGAGCCUCCGAUGGUCGAACUGUGCCUGUGGACACAGAGGGACAACACCCUCACAACAAGACUGGAUUUGGCUACCGUGGUGAGAAGUUAAUCAGACACAUGCCGCAGAGGAACAAAAGGCCACGUAGAGCCACUCGUGAUGUAAUAAUCUCGACGGUGUAUGACAGAGUUGAGGAGGAAGAAAGCACGGUGCUGAGAUCUGCCCCUUCACGCACCAUCAAGUACAGGCAACCAGGGAUCCAGUUUGUCGCUGGGAAGCCUCUCUCACAGCCACAACAAACUAUCGUUUCAGCUGACUCACCAUCUUCAUGAAUCAUUAACUCAUCAGUAUAGCAUUGAUACAUUACACAUGUAACAUGGUGUUGAACAUAAGAGUGUCCUUCCUUCUGCUAUAUAACCUUUCCUGCUGUUGUUAUAAUUGAUUUCCGUCAUAAAUAUGCUUUGCAGCUGCUAUAUAUGACCCAUCAGCGGGUUGAUAUGUUCUGUUUUUAUAAGGUCUCUCAGUCUCUGCGGCUGCAGGUAGCUUCCUCCUCUUCUUGCUGUUGCAGAGAGUCAAUGUACGGUCUCACCAUCUUGUCGAACCCGGUCACCGCUUUAUCUCGCAGCUGGAUACGGGCCAGUCUCGCCUGCUCUUCCUCCUGAACAUCAAUAGUUAUAUACCAGAAAGAAAAUAGU